AAAACAGAAACGUGCCGAAGCUGAGCGAAAAUCAAAUUUGAAAAUCAGAAAUGGCUUCAAUGUGCUUUAUAAAGUGCUUCCACAUCAUCUUGCAAGAAAUAAGAUGAGUAAAGCGGACUUGCUACAAAAAGCUGCAGUACAUCUGAAAAAUCAAACACACAGAGAGUCUUUUCAUAUCAAUGAAAUCUAUCGCCUGACUAAAGAACUUGAUCAGAAGAAAAC